AUGACUGGACGAAAAGAAUGUCUCUACGUACGUGUUUUUAAAAAGCUUCACGAACUUUCUCCAACUUUAGUGCCACAAACUGUGAUGGCUGACUAUGAAACUGCAAUCAGAAGCUCUGCCAAAGCUGUUUUUUCAAACAUAAGAAUAACUGGGUGCAGGUUUCAUUAUGCCCAGGCCAUUCUCAAAAAGAUUAAGGCCAUUGGUCUGCAUGUGGAAAACACCAGGAAUAAUGACCUAAUCAUCAGAAAACGGUGUCGUAAAUUCAUUUCCAUGAGCUUGUUACCACCCAGUUUAGUAAGGUUUGAAGUUGACAAACUAAAAGCUGAAGUUAACCAUCACAGUGUCAUUGCUGUUAAAGAAAAAAUUAAAAAGUUUGUUCAGUAUUACGAAAGGUAUUAG